UUGUGCUUGCCCAGAAUUUUCCCAGUCUGCAACAGUCUCCUUUCCUAAUGCUAUUUACAAAGAACAAACACAAGCCCAACGAUUCACAGUCGUUUAUCUAAUUUGAGGAAAACUCUAAUGAGUCCUGUUGUGUGUUGUUUGCAGAACAGAGUGUUCUGGCAGCUCCCCAUGGUAGGGAGGACCCACGGGCAGGCACCGCAGUCCUGUUUACCUUGAAGAAGAGACCGUAUGUUGGAAAGCACUGACCACUCCAUGGAUCUCAUGGAGCAGCAAAAAGUCAACAUUGAACUGGAAGAGCAGAGCAACAGCGGGGAAAGCCUGGAAGACAACUACACAGAGCUGAUUGACUCUGAAAAGGCUGCAAUUAGGAGCCCAUUUGCUAGUGACGAUGCAGAAAGUCAGAAGUUCUUAACAAAUGGAUAUCUGGAUAAAAAGAAAUUGGAAGACUAUAAUGAAGAAUAUCACCGGGGCAGAACUUCCUUUGGCAUGUCCUCCUUCAACCUCAGCAACGCCAUUAUGGGCAGCGGUAUCCUAGGGCUGUCCUAUGCCAUGGCCAACACAGGAAUCAUCCUUUUUGUAGUUCUGCUGCUCAGCGUAGCAGUGCUGUCACUCUACUCGGUCCACCUCUUACUGAAGACAUCAAAAGAAGGAGGUUCAUUAAUAUAUGAAAAACUGGGAGAAAAGGCAUUUGGAUGGCCUGGGAAGUGUAGUGUUUUCAUUUCAGUUACAAUGCAGAAUAUUGGAGCAAUGUCAAGCUACCUCUUUAUCAUUAAAUAUGAACUUCCUGAAGUGAUCAGAGCAUUUAUGAAGCUUGAGGAGAAUUCUGGAGAAUGGUACCUAAAUGGGAACUACCUUGUCAUACUUGUAACAGUUGUGAUUAUUCUUCCCCUUUCUCUUCUAAAAACAUUAGGUUAUCUUGGUUAUACGAGUGGUUUUUCGCUGACGUGUAUGGUUUUCUUUGUCAGUGUGGUCAUCUUCAAGAAAUUUCAAGUGCCUUGUCCUCUCCCCAUCAUGGAUCAUGGGGUUGGAAACUGGACAGCCACCAACAUCACACUGCCAAUGCACCUGGUCAUGUUACCAAAUGAGUCUCUCAGUUCUGGUGUGAAUUUCAUGAUGGACAACACAGUUGGGCACGUGACAGGCCUUGAGGAGCCAAGAGAUACUUUCCUCAAAAGUGGUGUAGAAUACGAAGCACACAGCGACAGCAGUGACACAUGUCAGCCCAAAUACUUUGUGUUCAACUCACGGACUGCCUAUGCAAUACCCAUCCUGGCAUUUGCAUUCGUAUGCCACCCUGAGGUGCUACCAAUAUACAGUGAACUGAAAGAUCGUUCCCGAAAGCGGAUGCAGAAUGUCUCAAACAUCUCCAUCACUGGCAUGCUCAUCAUGUAUCUUCUGGCUGGUCUCUUUGGAUAUCUUACCUUCUAUGGAGAAGUUGAAGAUGAGCUACUUCACACAUACACCAGGGUGUAUACUUUUGAUGCUCUCCUUCUGUCCGUGCGCCUCGCAGUGCUGGUGGCUGUCACCCUGACUGUGCCCCUUGUCCUCUUCCCUAUUCGUUCAUCUAUCAGUGCAUUACUGUUUCCCAAAAGGCCAUUCAGCUGGAUACGGCACCUUCUGAUUGCAACAGUAAUUCUUGCUUUUAAUAACAUGCUUGUGAUUUUUGUCCCAACUAUUAAAGACAUAUUUGGAUUUAUCGGUGCCUCUUCUGCCACCAUGCUGAUCUUUAUCCUCCCCUCUGCAUUCUACCUGCGGCUUGUUAAGAAGGAGCCCAUGAGGUCUCCCCAGAAGAUAGGGGCUCUAAUUUUUCUUAUAGUUGGCAUAAUCUUCAUGAUUGUGAGUAUGACUCUCAUUGUAAUGGACUGGAUUUACAAUCCCCCAAGUUCCCGACAUCACUAACCUGUGGAAAGAACCAAGUGCUUUUCAUACCAUAAUGUUUGGAUUGUGUGCUCUAAAGGACACCAACAUGGCACAGUUAUUCCUAGCUAGUAACUGCAAUAUGUUGAAGACAGUUUCUGGGUAGGACACUAGAACCCAGUGGAGUCUAUGUCACUAAGGACGGUUAUUUAUGCAUUAGGAACCCGAGCUUAACACUUCUUGCCAGGUUGAAUAAAAUAUGUGAUGUGGGUGCUUUCUAUUUUCAAAACAAAUAUAAGAAUAACUGUGUACGUAGUCCUUAACAGUCGUUUGGUCCCACCCUUUUUGACCUCUCCCAUUAUAUUCAUAACACAGUUCCUAGAGCACUGGAAAGGUAAUGGCCAGAAAACCAGCUAGUGCCUUGUUUUGCACAUGAAGCACAUAGGAGCGGCUGCCCAGCUCCUAGAGAAAAUGUAUGAUUUCUGUAGGGGAUCAGAGCAACUUCUCCCCAUGGACUGGUCUAUCAGAAAGGUGACAGCUUUGGCAAGCCAGUGGACAAAGCCGAGCAUCAGAUACGUUGCCCAUAUUUGUCACCCUCGACACAUGAUGGCUGUUGUAUGGAAUAAAGCUCUCUUGCACAGGAGCCCCUGUGCUGUGACUGAAGAACAUCUGACCAUUCAUGUUUUGUUGUUAAAGAUGUCUCUGCUGGAAAUGUUAGGCACUUCUGGGGUGGGUUUUUUGGUUUUUCUUAGCUUUUUUAAUUCUUGUCUGAGCUUGCAUCACUGAACAAGUACCAUCCUCCAUAGAAGCUUGUCUUCCAUUCUCACGGGAAUUUAAGGAGACCACACGGUGUGGCUGAGCACCCU